UGCAAAUCAGAUGCAUAACAAAUUCUACAAGCUGUAUUUCACAAAACAAUCGUCUAAUAAUCUUUAGAAAUAUUCCACUUGGAUCCAUCGUUACCGUACAAUAAUUUGGAAUUUCUUCAAUUCUAAGGCCAAAAAAUUGAAAUACUGGGUGAAUUUGUUGAUCGAUUGAAAUCUGUUCAAAAUGAGUGAUGAAAACGAGGAAAUUGGAAAUGAUGCUGAAAAUUGUGCUCCGGGAGAGGUGCUAAACCAAUUAAUAGUAGUCGAUCAAAUAUUAGUCGAUCAAUCGAUCGAUCCAUCUCCAAUUUUCAAACUGAAUAUCGAUUGCCUUGAGGAACUGUUUGAAUGGCUUUCGAUAGCCGAUUUAUGUGCGCUUCGUCAAACAUGCAAACGCUUAAAACGAGUUGUCGACUACUUUAUCAAGUCCAACUAUCCAUCUGUACAAUUUGGUUUCGGUCGUGUUGUAUUGAGAAAGCAUAAAUCCGAUAAGUUUCGUCAACUAGAUGCCACUAGUUUAAAAUUGAUAAAACAAAUUACGCUUUGGACAGGAGAAUCACAUGAAAUAGGUUCUAUUCGUGACAUUUUGCCACAGUUAGAGAGAUUCAAAAUUGGUACCGGGGAGUUCGAUGGCGAUUUCUACAAGUCUGUCCUGAGGUGGUGUACAAAUCUAAAAGAUCUUUCAAUUUGCCAUAUCAUGGAGGAUAAAGUAAUUGGUAACGAAAACGAAUGGUUACACCGUGAGUAUCCGUUGAUUGAGCACAUUUUACUGGACGAUUCCGACAUUGGUGGACCCGGUAAUGCGUGGGAAAUUCCAGAGCUAAAAAUAUUCUUCGAGAAAAAUCCAAAAAUUCAAUCAUUUUCAACGACUUUUCAUUUUUUGUGGGAAAACCGCCAGUGUUGGUUAGACUCAAACAUAAAACUCGAUCAGCUCAAUAUUCAAGGCGACUGUUUCUUAGAGAAUGGAAUGGAUCGCAUUUGUGGUUUGCUUAAUACACUUUAUGAACAAGGAUUUUAUCGACGCGUACACAUGCGAGCCACAUUCAUUUACGAACAAGAUGAAUUGGACCAAAUACUUUCAGUGCGCGGAAUGCAAAAGUUGUAUUUGGCCUGUGUUGAGAUAAAGACUACAUUGCCACCAAUGACUGAUUUACAAGAAUUGGGCAUUAACUACGAUGGUGACUUUGACGAUUUUGAAACCAUUGCAAAGAAUCUAGUGAACGUUGAACGCAUCUAUUUCAAUCACAUACAAUCUGAUACUUUAAUACCGUUCAUACGACAUGCGCAGCGAGUAAGGGAAAUUAAAAUUGACCAUUUGAACGAGGGGAUUUGUUUUGAAAAUGGUGUCAUCAAUUUAAAAGCAUUGAACAAAGAACGAAUGGCCUUGAAUUGUGCCCGCAAAAUUACAAUUUAUGUGAAGGAAAAUAUUUUCUUGGCAACUAAAUGGGCAACGAAUUGCACCGAGCUGGGUUUGGUCACAUUGAAACGGAUCGAAGCUAUGACGUAAAUGUGUAUAUUGAAUAGCCAGUGUUCGCAACGAAGGCGAUUUUUCGAUUCCGACACCGAGCGACACCGAGACUAUUCAAUCCGAUGCCGACCGAUGCCGAAAUUAUUAAAUCCGAUACCGACCGUUCGCCGACCAUCUUUUUUCGAUGCUCGAAAAUCGAACAAAAUUUUAUACAAAAUGAAAUAGAAAUGAGAAAAAAAUGACAAUUGAUAAAAAAUCCAUUCAAUUUUUCAAAAAGUCGCGAACUCGGAAAAAACUCGGAUGGCGAAAUCAUUCCGACGCCGACCGUUCUCCGAAUACACGGCUUUUGUCUGCUGAAUUUUUU